AUGCAACUUCUUGCUCCUUUAAUUGAAGCCAAAGAGGGUUACACGUACGACGCGGAUGGCACGCUUUGUAUGGUGGUCGUUGACCCUGCCACCCGGAAGCUUUUGAUUCCCUGCAAUUUCAUCUACGCCACCCGGGCCCAGCAUCGCGCGACAAUUCCAAGCCUUUGCCAACUGUUUCUUCAUGGCCGGUGUCGCCAAGGCAUCCAGUGCCACCAGGUUCAUGCAAGCCUGGAUGCGGUUGUGGCACUGCGAAGUCGAGUGGGAAAACUUCCGUGCUGCUGUGUAUUUCAUGGUGAUGAGGACAUUGCUGACGUGCUGAAUGAGCGUUCUUGGCUUUCGAAGGUGGUGCUUUACGUUCCUGAGGUCAGUUUUGAGGGUGGCUACAUCCCGCUGAGCCGUGUUGGCUAUACCGUCCCCAUUUCUAAAAUACUGAAUGAAGUGAGUCACGAAAUUGCUCAUUCUCUGGAGUCUUACACAGAGGCAAUAAGGGAAGGCCGUGUACCCCACGAAGAGUCUCCAGUCGUUGUUCUUGAAGCGGGGGACAUACCUAUCUGUCGCCUUCACAUCAGGGAACGCUGUCGCUUUGCGGAGGAAUGCAGUUUUCUGCAUCUGUGCAAGGAUGUUGCGGGAGGUGAUCCAGAACUUCCCCUUGGCCGCCGAUCACGCCUGAAAGCCACACCGAGUGAAUCUGAUUGCGUAGUUUCCGAGUCGCAUGAUUCAAAUAUGCCGCAUAAAGCUUCCUUGUCACCUGCCGCAGGGGUUUCUGCGGGGACCAACGCGUGUCCGAUAUCUGUGCGGGGAUUUCCUUUGGUUCAGCGAGGUGGCGCAAGUGUAUAUCGUUCAUCGACAAACACAUUGUGCGUCAACGGGGGGAACAGUCCGUGGGUGAGACAUAUGCAUGGUUCAGGUUCCAUUGACCAGGGCCUGGAUUCAUCAAACGUGGAAGUUUUUACUGUGCCAACUCCGGUACCGAAAUUCCGUUCUUUGGGCUGCAGUGACAUCCGCCCGUUGAAACGGAGGUCAGUUGUCCGGAAGAAGUUGUCUUCACGUGUUAUUGUUUCGUGUGAGAGCCUGCUGCACUGCGAGGGAGAUCCAGAGGCUGCAGAAGAAGGAACACCCGAGCUCCGAAAUGGAGGCUUCACGGAGGGUUGCCGCAAGGCAUUUUCUGUUCGUGGGACGAUGUCCAAUUCGAUGGCCGCAUCCAGCCGAGACGAGGGUACCAGCACCUCAUCGAUGAGUUUGUCGACAAGUCACCGCUGCUGUGCUGGAGGCAAAUGGCGGCACGAUCCGUACAACCUUUCACGGUCCCAGAUGGGGUGCUGA